CGUACAAUUCUAUUACACAGAGAGGAAACACCCAUGCAGAGGUACGACGGGUGAAGUGAGAACAAGUGUCGGGAAGAAAAAAAGAUCAUACAUCACAAGACACACGGACAACAGGAGAACAAGAUCAGUUCAACAUGAGUAAGGAGAAAUAUCAAGGGUUUCACAGUGCCACAGACUCCUAUGAGAGGAGGAUCAUUCUAGUUGGCAAGACAGGCGUGGGGAAGAGUGCAGCUGGAAACACCAUCUUGGGCCGAGAGGCUUUUAAGUCUGAAAUAUCUCCAUCCUCCAAGACAGCUGAAUGCCAGAAAGAUAAAGAGAAUGUUGGAGGCCGAAAGAUUGCUGUUAUUGACACUCCGGGACUGUUUGACACUAAUUUCACUGAAGAGGAAGUGUUGAAGAGGAUCAAGAUGUGCAUCUCACUGUCUGCUCCUGGCCCUCAUGCCUUCCUGGUGGUUCUUCAGCUGGGCAGGUUCACCAAGGAGGAGAAGGACACUGUUAAGAUGAUCCAGACCACUUUUGGUGAAGAUGCCGCCAAGUACACAAUGGUGUUGUUUACUUAUGGAGACCAGCUGAAAAAACAAUCUAUUGAGGGCUACAUUUCAGAGAGUGCUGAUCUGCAAGCCUUCAUUCGCUCGUGUUAUGGCCGAUACCAUGUCUUCAAUAAUGAAAUCAAAGAUGCUGUGCAAACCAACCGCCUCCUGGACAAAAUUGACGAGAUGACCAUGGCCAACAACGGAAGCAACUACACCAAUGACAUGUUCAUGAAAGCAGAGGAGGCCAUAGAGAAGGAGAAAAAAAGACUCCUGCAGGAGAUGGAAACUAAGAAGCAGAGAGAGCUGGAUGAACUGAGGGCCAAAUCUCUCGCACUUUGCGUCUACCACAAGGAGGAGAGGCGGGUGCAUGACAGAUAUGAGCAUGAAGCCAGAGCUCUAGCAGAAAAAUCAAAUGGCUUCAUAGCUGCUCAAGUGAUUGCUAUAACAACAGCCUGCGGUGCAGCAGUUGGUGGUCUGAUUGGAAGUGCGGGAGGUCCAAUAGGUUCAGGGGUUGGAGCUGCAGCUGGAGCAGCCAUUGGAGCUGCUGUUGGCGUUCUGUCAGUGAAAGUCUCUAAGAAUUGCAAGGUUCAGUAACAACAAAGAAGCACACUCCAGAGAAAAACAAACCCUAUUGUGACAGAUAAAUGCCAGUAAGCUAAGAUGCCCAUUUUAGUUGUACAGCGCUUUACAAUUAAAACCAAAUAUCCAAGUGUAUAUAUACAGAGCCGGCCCUGGGCAUAGGCAGUAAAGGCAAAUGUUAGGGGCGCCGUCAUCCGCAGGGGGCGCCGAAAACGGAGGAAAAAAAAAAAAAUUAUAAAUACAAUUUUUUUUUUUUUUUACCAGUGCCAUUAUUACUAUUAUUUCGAAAUAUUAUAUAAGCCCACAGCAACAUAAAGUCAUAGCAAAGACUAUUAAAUAAUGCAGAAGCCUUUUUUCUGGGUGCAACGAGCCGUUGCUCUGUACCUGCCCUCUGUGAGGGGGGCAGGGUCAAGAGGCCAGCUGCCUGAAUCUGAACGGACCGUGACCCAGAGACGAAGAAAAAGAUUAAUGACACUGUAUCGGAAUUAUGUCCAAAAGAAUGAAGCCAUCCAGCGCCCAAGGAAGGAAAGGAAGGAAAGAAGAGGAAGAAAAACGUGAAAAAGAUAGAGGUACAGUAAUGUCAAUGUGAUGAAGUGCAUGAAAUGCAAAAUAGUUUAAUGCAUCGUAGUUACCGUUGUUGGAGCAGAGUGUUAGCUUGCUAGCUUACUUCGGACGAUAGCAACAUUGUUUAAUAAUCAAUAAAUAGCUGAGUCGACGUGUGUUAAUGUUACUCCACCAUAAAUUCAUCAGGGACGUUUGGAAACUUAACGUUAGGCCUGUUCAGGUGUUAUUUUACAGGUGUCUUUCCUGCUUGUAUGUCAGCUAAAAUGCUUUUAGUUGUCCAUCCCCUUUGUAAUAGGGUGGUUGUAAGCCUUUGGUUUUAUGUGUCACAGUUUAUGUUUGUUAAAGUUUAUAUCAGUGUUAAAGUGCAGUUAAAGUGUGUUACUGUUAAUAUUUCAUACCUUAGCUUUCCUAUAUCAUUCAUAGGCUAUAUAUACAUAUAUAUUCAUUUCACUGCACUUUACUUUUUUGCACUCUGGUUAGACUGAAUUGCAUUGCAAUAACAAUAAAGUUGAAUGAAUCUCAUCACAUUUUCCUUAUUAGUCUAUAUUAGUCUCAUGUAUAGCACACCAAGCAUCUGUUUUUUUAUUAAAAUGUAACAUGCAGUCGUCACAUAUACUUCUCUUCUCUCUUCAGAUGCACUUUUAAAAUAUUUCAGUACCACCCCCAGUGACACAGCAUCAGGUGCUGCUGUCCUUUUUAAUUUUAUCACUUGUUUCUUUCUUUAGUUUUUAUUUGGUGUGAUAUUUUUUACUCAAAGAAAUAAAAUCUUGAAUACACACAUGCAGUUUCUGUGUGAUUGUAUGAAAGUUGAUUGUGAAAUUGACUGCUGCGAUGCAAGGGGGCGCCAGCUAAAAUCUUGCCUAGGGCACCAAAUUACUCAGGGCCGGCACUGGGUGAU